AUGACAAUAGAAAUCCCCAAGCCCUUGUCCAAAAGAUACGGCAACCCGUCGGACAAAAAUGUCUCAUACUAUGGUGAGGGCGGCAAGACGGAGCGCAUGCGCAUGGAUAACGCGGCCAACAGCUUCAGCAACGGCAUCGGCAACCGGGGGAACGUGGUGGCCGCGCCCUUCGUCCGCUCCAGCAGCUUCGAGUUCCCCUACAACGGCGGCAUUGGCUCCAUCAACAUCAAGAUCCGCUUUGAGGUGAACGCGGGCUGCUGGUGGAAGUGCGACUACAACGAGUGCCGCAGGUACCUAAGCGUGCCUGUUUAUAGCUGCAAUGCGGCGGCAUCAAGAACAAGCGGGGAGGCACGGUGA